UAGCAGCGACACAUUUGCGUAAUUAGCGGUUAAGAAAGCAACGCUACACUGAUAGCACGUUUUGGUGGGUUCUGUGUCGUAAAAGACUCAAUACAGGCAAGUUAGCUAAGCUAGAAGCGAGAGUAUAUAAAGAUUGAGGCAGUUUAGCUGCACAGACGCUUCAGCACUUACUGACUGCUCUGUGACAGUAAGUAACCAUAUUUCGAGCAGAAAUCACUACAGUAACAGCAGGUCUUGAGUGCAGAGGUAAACGCGAGCUCUUCGACUCACUCGUUGAACUUGAAGGGAAUGAGGAGGAGGGCUGAAACACACCUUUAUUUGCGGCAGAAAUAACUGUAAUUAUAGACUCAUUCAGAUGUUGUCGGUGGAAAGCCACGGAGAGUUUAUGAAAAGACGCUUACUAUCCCUCCAAGCCAUCAGUAGACUCCCUUUUUAAUGACAGACCCUUGUAAUAACCAUCCCGUCCUCCCAAGUCUGAAUUUCGUUCUGCUUUCAUUGAGAUUUCAUCAGAGAUUUCGUCUUCAAAACAGAGCACUGACAGCUUCAUCACUGCUGUACCCAAUCUGUUUGUGAUUUCUACUCCAUUUGCAACGCUCCAGUCUCACAUAAGUGGACUUACAGCUGGCACAGGCCCUGUACAGUUAGUACUCGACGGACUUGAGAAAUCCAUCUCCAACAAGGCCGUCACGAUUCACAACUUGCUGCACGAUCCCACUAGAAACUAACCUCAGGUCUGUUACUAUUCAAAUUAUGCUUCUGCUCCUUGGCCCCAACUCUGUUUCUACCAGCCCCUCUCUGAAUCUCCAGAAGCGGCACAGUUAAACAAUGCACUACUGAAAGCUCUUCUGCUGUUUUAGUCUUGAUCCACCAUCCAUUGUAGGACCAAGAGCAGGUGCUUCUGAAAGCGUUCCAAGUGCCAAGAACCAUGAGUGUCCAGUGGGCAUUGUUUACAAUUGGUCUAGUCCACAGGAUGGGUGGACAGUAGGGACAGCGAGACGGUGGACCCAUGUCAUGGAAGGGGUUGUUGCAGUCGCAGUACAUUCAGAGGGAUUGAAUGGUUAUCCACAAGAACGUAAACUGACAGAGGAUCUCACCAAGGGGCACCUCAAAUGCACAACUAUCCUAAAUGGACUGACUCCAGCUAAUGGCAUCAAAGACAAUGGCAGCUUGAAUGGCAACCCUUAUCUCAAAACUGUCCCAAUCUCAGCGCUGAAACAGAAUGGACUUUUACAGUCUCUGGCAGCAGGAGGCAAUCAGACUAAAACAGAAGAGGUGAGCUUGGAGGUGGAGCGAGCACAAGAGGAGUGGGAUGCCCUGGAGAGCAUCCAACCAGUUUUUGCAGAGGAUCUCACUCCAUCACCGCUGAUCUCCUUCAAUGAGGCUUUGCAGCAUUUUCAGACCUCUGAUCUUGGAGACUUGCUUAAGAACAUUCAGCCCACCAUUCCCAGGACUGGAUUGGCCGCCAUCACCCAUUUCCUGUUCGGUCCUCCACGGCUACACAAAGACCUUGUAGAGGAGAGAGACUUAGUCUUUGCCAUCGCACAGUGUUCUCUGGAUAAUGGCCAGUCAGUCCACAUGCGUGUACUCCAGACCAUCUACAGGAAAUUGACCUGCACUCGAGCUGAUUGCCCUCGCUAUGGACCACACUGGGAGAACGUGGGCUUUCAAGGUGCAGACCCUGCUACAGAUCUGAGGGGAACUGGUUUUCUGGGCCUGAUGCACACGCUCUACUUCGUCAUGGACCCAGAGAUUCUACCACUUGCUAGAGAAAUCUACAAACUCUCUCAGCAUCCAGUCCAGAAUUUUCCCUUCUGUGUGAUGUCAAUCAACAUGACGCGAAUUGCCCUGCAUGCUCUCAGGGAGGAAGUGCUGUCCAAGGAGUGUAACCGAAGGCAGCAGGUCGUGGCAGUGCUGAACGACUUUUAUGUUGCAACGUUCCUGUACCUCUAUCAGGUGUGGAAGAGCCAGCAGAAAACCAUCUCUGACUCCGGCCAUGUACUCAAAGAAGUUGAGCUCUUCGCUAAGAAGAACCCCAAGCAGAUUCUCAAACGUCUCGAAGGUUACCUGAAGGAGAGACGUGUUGGGACAGGACACCGAACAUCACCUGACUCACUAUCGCAUAGCAACCCUUCACCUGGUGACACUGGGUCUCGAGCAGGGAGUCAGGGCGGGAAGGAGAACAAAGAGAUGAACUUCACCGGAGUGUGUGAGCUGCCACCUGAGAUGGAGGGCGAAGCAAGACUCAUCUGAGAGGCCGAGAGGGAUUCGAUUUGUACAGUCUCAGCUAUCUCUUGUGCUCUAAGUUUGUUGUUCUCUCUGUUUCUUUGUUUCUUUUCUGUCCUUUCAUGCUUAAGUACACUCAGAGACAAGUCUGUUGUAACUGUAGUUGCUAAAAAUAUAAAACUAUAUUUUUUCUGUUAGAGUACCUAUUGGCUCUUCUAUGAAAAAGACUAAAUUUAGUUGCCAAGUUGAAAAGGAGAAUCUCAAAAUUAACUGCCUCAGUGGCAGCAGUUGUUUUGAACUUGUCAAGAAGAAAGAGACGCAGUUUACAGGCCUCAAGGGUGUGCAGUUGGAGAGGAGAUGGCUGCAGAAGCCAGCCAGCACCUUACCCACUAAUGUGGUAUUGAGUGA